AUCCGCCAAGAUCAUGGCCUCCAUCCCUCCUUAUUCGUUGUCUCCUCCGCAAUCCUCUCCCUCUCACCUCUUCCUUUUAUCCCUCUCCCUCCUCUUCAUCCCCUCCGAAUCCUUCCUCCUCCCCUCUCAUCUGGGGCCAAACAACACCGCAUUCUGUUAGCAAAGGCAGAGAGAGAGAGGCGACGAUGGCGUUCCAGGGGACGACCACCAAGUGCACUGCCUGCGACAAGACAGUGUAUUUGGUCGACAAGCUGGUGGCCGACAAGCGAGCCUACCACAAGGCUUGCUUCCGCUGCCACCAUUGCAAUGGCACCUUGAAGUUGGGAAACUACAAUUCCUUCGAAGGAGUGUUGUACUGCAAGCCCCAUUUCGAUCAGCUCUACAAGAGCACCGGCAGCCUGGACAAGAGCUUUGAAGGGAUCCCGAAAGUUGUGAAACCAGAAAAGCCUGUCGACACUGAGAAUGCGAGCAGAGUAUCAAGUGCUUUCGUUGGCACGAAAGAGAAGUGUGUUGGAUGCGAAAAGACUGUUUAUCCAACUGAAAGGGUUAAGGUUAAUGGAGCUGCAUACCACAAGAGCUGCUUCAAAUGCUGCCAUGGCGGAUGCGUCAUCAGCCCUUCAAACUACAUUGCCCACGACGGGAAGCUCUUCUGCAAGCACCACCACACCCAGCUCAUCAAGGAGAAGGGGAACCUGAGCCAACUCGAGGCCGACAGAGAGAAGAGUUCGAGUGCGGAUGAAGAAGCAGCCGGCGAGUCAGAGGCGCCUAAACCGGAAGAAACACCUGAUGAGUAGUAGAUGAUGGCCUCCGAAGACGCUGCUGCUCGACGGCCGGUGUGCGCUUAUUAGUGUUUUUGUUCGAAAUGUGUUAAAUUGCUGUGUAUUUUGUGUUGAAAUGAAGUGGAGCAAUUUUGUCUUCCACUUGUUUGUUUGUUUAUUUGUUUGUCAAAGAAGGUGAAAGGAGCUACAACAAAGUGGCUACUUGAUUUCAAUUUCCAA